CCUCUCAGCUGAGAGUCCUUGAGUGUGACUCUGUAGUCUCUCUAUUUCUCACUUUCGCUCGCUCUCUCAAAAAUCAAAAAAGACCAAAAAUUUCCUCUUUUCUGGUGCCCUAAUGUCACUGCACAACAAAAACCCUUUCAGAAACUCUCACUCUCUCCCUAAAAUGCUGGGUAAUUUUCAGGUGGUGAUGGCUUGAGAUCAAACUUGGAGAGGAUUUGGGUUUGGUGUAUUUGGCAUUUGUCUAUCUCUGGUAUAAUAGCUGGUGGAUGAUCGUCAAUGGCUCCAAAUCCAAAAGUUGCAGCGGCCUUUCGUGCUAUGAAGGAUAUUGGAGUUAAAGAAGAUAAAGUUAAACCAGUAUUAAAAAAACUUCUAAAAUUGUAUGAUAAAAACUGGCAACUUAUUGAAGAAGAAAAUUAUAGAGUUCUUGCAGAUGCUGUAUUUGAAGAGGAUGAAAAUGAGGCUGUGGAGAAGAGGAAGAUAUGUAACAAUGCUGAUGAGGAUGAUUUGGAGGAAGAAACUCAGGUGCAUGAUGAACCUGAACGUCCUCUAAAGAGGUUGCGCUUAAGAAGCCAAAGUCAGGUUUCACCUCCAGUGAAUGCCAGCAACCAUAGUGCGGGUACAAGUUCGUUAAAAAGGCCUAAAGUGGAGGAGGAUGAACUACCCAAAACUUGUUUGCAGCAGCAGCCUCAACCAAUCUCACCCCAUAAACCAAUCUCUCCCCGUCAACCAAUCUCACCUCAUCAUCAACCAAUCUCACCCCGUCAACCAAUCUCACCUCAUCAUCAACCAAUCUCACCCCAACGUGGUAUUAUUAACAAGGGCAAGCAACCUCUCAUACCUCAAGUUGCUUCUCUAGGGAAAAGACCUAUGUCUGAGAGAGCAUCUCAUGCUGUGCGCAUUAAAGAGCCAACUGUCGAGCCAGGCAUUGUUCUUUUGCCCAAGCAGAAGGCUCCUGAUAUUCAUGCAUUGAUAACGCCAAAAGAUGAGCCCUUUACUGAUGAUACAUAUAAUAAUGAUGUGUCACACUAUGAGGUUCCUAUUGCAGUGAUCCAUCCAGAUCCCUUGAGCAAGUUAGGUGCUUCAGUUGGGAAUGAUACAGUUGAAAAACAAGGUGGUCCAGAAAUUCCAGCAUCCCAAUGCUUAAAUGAAGGAAAUUCUAGCGUCCCAGGUAAGUUGGGUUCUUCAGUUGAUGGUAUUCUAGCUUCAUCCAGUGAGAGGGAAACCAACUGCAAGCUUUCAACCGUCCCGGAGGAAUCGCCUGCUAGUUUGGAGAUUGGCUCCUCGCCCACAGGAGAGGUAAAAAUUUCUCUGAGCUGCAACUCCACUCUUGGAAGGCCAGAUUUCCAUUUGCCUAGUCGAGAUGAGGUUAUAAAACUGAUGGAGGAUAAAUGUUUGCGGACAUAUAAAAUCAUUGACCCAAAUUUUUCUGUCGUGAAUCUGUUGAACGAUAUGUGUGCGUGCUUCUUGCAAUUGGCAACUGAUUCCACUGAUGAAUCGCAGGAAGGAUCACUAAAUAUAAUUCCGACUCUGGAUGUAUUGAAGAAAUCUUCUGUGCGGGAUUCUUUGGGGAUUGGAGGCAAUGAACAAAGUUUGUGCACUCCAUCCUGUACUCCAAAUGGAUCAGCCAAUGUUCAAUGCUCUGCUGCAGUGUCUCCCCCAAGAGUUCCAUCAUCUUUGAAUGGACCUGGUAGCGACAUACAAGCCAGUAAGAAGAUGAAUGUGAAUGGUGGUGCUGAAAGUGAAAGUGAAAAGGAAUCUGAAAACAAUCAAUUAACAAAUUCGUGUAGUUUGGUGGUUGUCCCACAAUUUCAAAUAACUCCUAGUGAUGUCAGGUCUAUAUAUGAUGCUAAUGACCUAACAAAAGGAGAAGAAAGGGUCAAAAUUUCAUGGGUCAAUGAAAUCAACAAUGACUGUCUACCAGCCUUUAUGUAUAUACCUCAAAACCUUGUUUUUGAGAAUGCUCAUGUCAACUUCACACUCUCUCAUAUCAGAGAUGAGGAUUGUUGUAUGGCUUGUUUGGGUGAUUGCCUUUCCUUAUCCACACCUUGUCCCUGUGCAAAUGAAACUGGAGGCCAGUUUGCAUACACAAAAGAAGGCCUUCUUAGGGAAGAAUUCUUGGAAGAGUGCAUCUCCAUGACUCGUGACCCGCAAAGACAACAGCACUUGUAUUGUAGAGAAUGCCCAAUUCGAAGACUGAGGAAUGAUGACUGUUUAGAACCAUGUAAAGGUCACUUAAGGAGGAAAUUUAUCAAUGAAUGCUGGAGCAAAUGCGGCUGCAGUAGAAACUGUGGAAAUCGAGUGGUUCAGCGUGGCAUUACAUGCAAGUUGCAGGUGUUUUGCACUUCUGAAGGUAAAGGGUGGGGUCUCCGAACGCUAGAGGACCUUCCAAAAGGUGCAUUUGUGUGUGAGUAUGUCGGAGAAAUACUAACCAACACUGAGUUGUUUGAGAGGAACACAGAGAGUAAGAAAAGUGGGAAACAUACCUACUCGGUGCUAUUAGAUGCAGACUGGGGUUCAGGGGUUCUAAAGAAUGAAGAAGCUCUCUGUUUGGAUGCAACAUAUUUUGGCAAUGUUGCUAGAUUCAUUAACCAUAGGUGUUGGGAUGCAAACUUGAUUGAGAUCCCUGUUAAAGUGGAGACCCCAGAUCUUACCUACUACCAUCUUGCUUUCUUCACAACAAGAAUGGUUGCUGCGUUGGAAGAGCUCACUUGGGAUUAUAGCAUUUACCUUGACGACGAUGGUCAACCUGUCAAGGCAUUCCAAUGCCUAUGUGGUAGCAAGCACUGCAUUAACAUGAAGCGUUCAAUUAGAACUAGAUCUGCAUCAAUUGCAAGAUAAACAGUGGGGAUGCUCUAUCUGCUAUCUUUUUUUGUUGUAAUUGCCUUCUGCUCUGUAGAAGAAAAAAUGAUGUAGCAGAUUUUAGUGAACUGAAUUGCUCCCCUCCGACCAUGCUGUCUAGUGGCUGAGUAUCAGGGUGCUGGUUACCUCGUUUUGUUGAACACGGGGGUUAAAUGUAAAGCCUUACAUUUAACCCAACUGUUUUGUAGAUAGAGGUGGUCCAGGGUUGUCAGCCAUCCAGGCAAUCUUGCUGCUAGUGCUAACUCUCAGGCUAUUGCACUGCUGAAACGAUAUGGCUUUAUAAUUUUUGUCUGGUUGCUGCUUUGGAUGGGUUAGAAAUGUUUAGGAUUUGUUCCAUGAUCCUUGUAUAACGUGAUGCAAAAUAUGGAAAGAGGGGGGAAGAUGUUGCAUUGUUGCCUGCGUUCGUUUCAAUAUGCCCUGGCCUUUGACAUGAUGUUUGAUUUAUGCCAAUCUCUAGAGCUGAUUUCUGUGGCU